UCUCAUGUGACAAGGGUUGAAGGCGCUUGGAACAUUGAUGGCAAAGGUCCAAGCAACUGGGAUGUUUUCACUCACAAAUUCCCAGGUAAAAUUUCAAAUGGUAGUAACGGAGAUGUGGCAGCAGACUCCUACCAUCGAUAUAAGGAGGAUAUCAAACUCUUGAAGGAAAUGAAUGCAGAUUCUUAUCGCUUUUCAAUUUCUUGGCCUAGAGUAAUACCUUAUGGCAAGAUUAGCAAAGGCAUAAAUGAGAAAGGAAUUGGGUACUACAAUAAGCUCAUAGACGAAAUUCUAGCUUAUGGUUUAAAGCCAAUUGUGACAAUUUUUCACUGGGACUUGCCCCAAGCCUUAGAUGAAGAGUAUGGAAGCUUCGUGAGUCCUAAAAUUAUAAAGGAUUUUCAUGACUACGCAAAUCUACUGUUUGCGAGGUUUGGUGAUCGAGUGAAAGAUUGGAUCACAUUCAAUGAACCUUGGACCUUUAGUUCAAAUGGUUAUGAUAGUGGAACCUUUGCCCCUGGUCGAUGUUCUGCUUGGAUGAAUAAUAACUGCACCGGUGGAAAUUCAGGGACAGAACCCUACUUGGUGGCACACCACCAACUUUUGGCUCAUGCUGAUGUAGUUAAAUUAUACAGGAGAGUGUAUCAGGCUCUCCAAAAAGGACAAAUUGGGAUUACACUAGUCACUGCAUGGAUGGUGCCAUUUUUAAAUUCACCUCUUGAUCAACGAGCAGCCAUUCGUGCCCUUGAUUUCAUGUUUGGAUGGUUUAUGAACCCUUUGGUAUAUGGUGAUUAUCCCGCUUCAAUGAGAAUUCUUGCCCGCGACCGACUUCCCAAAUUUACAUCAAAGCAAUCUAAAGAACUGAUAGGGUCAUAUGAUUUUCUUGGAUUAAAUUACUACACAGCUAGUUAUGCUGCCCAUGUUACAACUCCUCCAAAUAAGGUGAAUUUAAGCUAUAGCACAGACCCGCAAGUUAACGUUACAGGGGUUGAUGAAGUAAAUAAUCCCACAUUACCACUUAAGCAAGCUCUUCAAGACAGCUUUAGAAUCCGAUACUACUAUCAGCACCUUCAGUAUGUCCGAAAAGCAAUCAAAAAUGGCGUUAGAGUGAUGGCAUACUAUGGAUGGGCAAUUAUUGACAAUUUUGAGUGGAGUGCUGGAUAUAGUUGUAUGCACCGGGCGUCUCGAGAAGUUGUACUUUUCGAUCCAGAAAUUGAGAGGACACUACAUAGACAAAGGAGGAACACAUUACAGCAAGAGGAACAGGGGAUUUGGCAACCAAUAAAGGAAAUCUUAAUAGAGCUUCCAUUUGAAGAAGAAAUGGCAGAAAACGAAGCAAACAGGCGAGUUCUACGAGAUUUUGCUGUACCGGGAACACAAGGAUCUCAAACGAGCAUAGCAAGGCCUUCGGUACAAUUCGUUAAUAAUUACAAUCGUAAUGCUCAAAACAACCCCUACUCGAAUACUUACAACCCAGGGUGGAGAAAUCAUCCAAACUUUGGAUGGAAGGACCAAGGAAAUCAACCAAGGCCAACCAAUCCACCGGGGUUCCAAUCAAGGCAACCACAAGCUGAAACUAAACCGGGUUGGGAGAUUGCAGUAGAAAAACUUGCUAAAGUUACCUCGGACAGAUUUGAACGAGUAGAAGGGAGACUGGAUCAACUCACUACAAUGUACAGGAAUGUAGAGGUCCAAAUUGGUCAAAUUGUUAGUUCUUUGAAUAAUCGAAAUCAAGGAGAAUUACCUAGCUAA